UCUGGCGUCGUUCAUAUGAUUUUGGAUGAAAUUGUGGGUAAAAUACCUCGUUUCGGCCUUUGGGACCAUAUAUUUGAGCAUUGUUUUCUCUUUUGUGAAAAAUGUAUUUAGGUUUGUGGGUUUGAAGGCGUUGAAACUUUUAUUACUUCAUGUAAAUAUUAAGGGAGCAAUGCUCGAGCAUGAGGAGACUAAGGCAAAAAAGAUUCUUUUUUACCAAUAAUGCCGCGAAAAUCAUAUGCGGAACAAAGCUGUAAUGCUUUUCCAGGUAUUGGGGCUAUGAUUCUUACUUCCAGUUUCAACGUGAAUUGACGUGUUAAUGAUUCGAGUCACAAAUGCAAUAUCGAAUCUUCAACAGUUACUGUACUGUCUCGUAGCUUACCGUACCCCUUAAAAAAUCUUCGACUUUUGCUUAGCAUGAGAUCCGCUGACAUGCAAUCGCGAAACCGAUAUAAGUAAUUUUAUUUUUAAUUUGGUUGACGUCACCACACAAAACAUCGGAGUGAAAAACGAAUGCCCCAAGAAGUUUUGAAAUGAAUGAAAGUACGGUAAUAACUUUCUAUCGACAACAACAAUCUUUAACCACUUAAAAUUUCUCAGCAAUUAGUCCGGUGGUUACCGAAAAAAGAGAUUUUUCACAACAACAAAAUGAAAACAACACAAUAAUUAAUUACGUGUCCAAUAAAUGCCUCAGGCAGAAGAUGCACGGCGUCGGACAAUUUCUAAUUUUAAGUUUUAAAUAAAAUUGCUUACCUAAUAAUCCAAUCUCCGUAAUAUUAAUAGGUGAUUCAAUGAAAAGUUGGUAAAUAAACCAUCAAAUACUUCUUUUGGUUUCUGGUAGGUAUUAUUCAUUACAAACGAAAAAUAAAAUUCUAAAUAUAUACUUACAUUUGAGAAUUUUGAAAUUAUUUAUAGGUAUUAUCUGAGUUAUGAAACCAAGCUUGGAUUUGGAUAAAAAUUUCGUAUAAGUAUAAGGAGAUUAAAGAAACACCAGGAAACUUUGGUAUAUAAAAUAUAUCUGUAGAAAUUGUGAAAAACUGCGGUAGACACCGAAAAUUAAAAAAAAAUGUGGAUAAUAUACCUGCUUAAUAUAUAUAUAUGCGUGAUAUUGAAGUUGAAAAGAUUCGCGCUACUCUCGUGGAAAAGUUCAUAUUUGAGCUUUCUUUAGUCUACUCCAGACUAAAUGAUGAAUAGACAAUCACAUUGGUGGUAAAUGGACAAACGAUUGACACACAAUGCGUACGAUGACAUUGGAUUUUUGCUACAGGCAGUUCUAUAAGACGACUAGACCAAGCGUAAGGUGUUGUUACAUGAAUAUUACUUGUGGAUAACAAGUACAUAUGGCUGAAAGCCUGAAUAUACGCCAAAGAGAUUUACGUUUCGUGGAUCAAACUGCUUGUAAUUCGCUACAUAUCUUUCGUAUAUCGGACUGCUAAUAUAGGAUUUUUUGAAUCUUUUUUUAUUGUUGAUAAAAUUCUGUAUCGUUCAUCGUUCCCUGCGUGAAGUAUGUAGAUUGAAGAAGUAAUAUGACAGUUGAACGAUUUUGGAUAAAUAGCAAAGCUGUAAAACAGUAAGGUGUACAGGAAAAGUAAAUACUAUUAAUAUAUAGCACAAUCGAUUACAGCAAGGUAGCCUAAAAGUAUAACCUCAAAUAUUUUUUUGUGUUUACUUCUCUCUGCACGAUAACAAUCACGAUGUUUUAUUCAUUUAGCGAUAAAAAAAAAAUUCACUAGGCCGAAGUCAGAUUUUGUUUGUUGGGUGCAAUUUGUCAUUUGUGUAUUAACUUUGAAAAGGGAGCUGUUUUGCCUCUAUUAUAAAAUCUGGGUAACUAAAGUACAAAUGGGUAAAUCACACGGUUUGAAACUGUUUAUUGUAAGAUAAAACAAAAAAGCAAAUAAAAAAAAUAUUGAUUUCAAAUACUUGCUUAUGUCUAAAUUACAGUGUUCAAAAAUAUGAAAAUUAUUACUGCAAUUGUCUUGUGUUGGAUUUGCUUGAGUUCGUGUAAAAAAGUUUCAGUUCCGCGCCAAUGUAUCCACAAAAUCGAUGGUACGGAUGGUGUUGUUGAAUUUCCCGGAAUGACGUUUAACGAUAAAGCUAGAAAAUUAUUUACAGAAGGGAGGAAAAUGGGAAGAAUUUGUAUCGUACACGGAAAAAUACCAGAACAUAAAGAUUUGAUAUUGAAAAUAGAUCCGUCAGUUUCAUCCAAAAACUGGAUAUCGAUUGGUGGAAGGAUUUCAGAAUACGGCGAUUGGGAAAAUAUGGCCAUUUUGUAUUACAAUGAUCAAGGAUCAGUUAAUGUGUAUACGGAUCAUCAAUAUCGUACAUUUACAAGAGAUGGUGAAAACGGGACAAAAGAAAUAAUGCUUCCAGGAUACAAAUUUGGCCAUUUAAGAAUUGUCUUCCCACGAAAAAAGACAAAUUUUACAAUUUCAUACUGGUGGACUGAUACCCGAGGGCCCUGUAAACCGCUAACUGACAUAGCUGACAUAGUAACGUGUACUGAUAGAAGAAGGGUGAAUUCAAAUUGCACAGUGAGGUGUAAGGCUGGACUCGCUCCUUCGCCGAUAUUAUACAAUCUAGCCAAAGAUGAAAUGAGAAGGAAACUUCCUCUAAUGUCGACAACGUGCCGGGGAAAUGGUUUUCAGCCGCCGGACUGGUUUCCUAAAAUUUCAACAACUUACUACCGAAUGAGCUUCGAUAUGCAACCAUUCUUCCAUGGGUUCAUUCCGCCACAGCUGAUUCCGGUACAGAGAGUGGAACCAGAGGUCGAAGAAUGGUAUCGUGCUAUAAUGAUCCACCCAACGAUGGUGGAUAUUUGGGGAGAAGAUCCAAUGAAUUCGCACAAAUGCGUUAGUUUGGAAAACAUAGCUGAUGUCUGUUUUGGAGCAGCAAGGCCAAGAAUGGUCACGGAUGGGAUUGUGAAUUCUUGGGUCGACAGUUGCAAUUAUCCAAUUGAUUACAUUCUGGAGUUAUUCGGCGAAGAUGGAGACACUGGAACUGAUCCCGACACAAUUCCCCUACCAACUAAACUUACACCAAAGGAUCGAAUUUUGCAAAUGGAUUCCGAAGCGAAAUUACAACUUCUUAUGAAAUUAAUUAAACAGAGAGAAAGAUAUUUUAAAUAUGUUACUGCAAGAGAAGAGAAUCCUUGCGUAGUAAAUGAGUACGAAGAUCUGUAUAAUACUUUACGAAAACAAGUUACAACCUCAAAGGUAGACAGUAUUUGGGAUGAGUUCAGAGGACAAGUAGAUGAUAAGUGUAACCAAAAACUUAAUAUGGAUACUGGACGGAAACCUCACUGUUCUUCGAACAUUUGUGAAUUAGUCAAAGUAAAACUGAGUGGUGGAAAAACAACGUACAAAUAUAAGUACAAGUGUGCAAGCUUUAGAGGACCUCGCCGCCGCGGUGAGUGUAUUAUUUGCAGACACGGAAAGAACAAACUAUGUCAAACUCCAAAGGCAUCUGGAUAAUCGGGAAAAGGUUCAAUAGCAAUUCAAUAUAAAACGGUUCACAGUGUUUACAUUCUUGCCACGAUGAAGAUACAAAUAAUCAGUUGAAAACAAAAAGUUGUACUGAACCCACUCAACACAUUAUCAUAUUAUAAUCGCGCUGAUUCUACUUUUCAUAAUAAAUAAAUUGUUCAAUGAGAAUUUAACAUAGUCUCGAAACGUCGGGUAAAAUUAUUAAUAUCCGAAUGAAAUUUAAGUUUGUUUAUGUGAGUAUAAUCAGUCAACCGUUAUUAGUAAUCAUUACACCACGAAAGUUUUAAUUAUGCUGACUGUUUGUCAAUACAAAAAUGUCACCAUACCGGUUGCAAAAACUUAUUUUCGAGGUAUAUAUAUCGUUCGCUAAA